UGUGUGUCAAUGCUCAGUCCGUCAUCGGAGAGCGCCAGAGAGAGUACGCGUUUUUCGGGAGUUGUGAAUAAAAUUAUGUGUGACUGUCACUUUCUCGAUUGAAAAUUUCGGUGAACGCGAGACCUCGUCUUUCUUAUUGUGCAGAAAUAUAACGGGGACUAGCGGUCCCAAAAUCGAUGCUACAAUAAACAACGCGUGUCGAUUGUGCAUUAGCAGUUGGAUUAGUGUUGUUUUCGUUCCGAGUUCGGUCUGGUUUCGAGUCGAUUCCAUCGUGUGGUAGUUCUAGAACGGCAGCACAGCAAAAAAAAGUAUUCGUGAGAAGCGAUCGCAGCAGCAAUCAUGGCUGGACAAACCAUAAAUGAUAGGCUGCUGGCAGCGAGACACAGUCUAGCAGGCCAAGGGCUGGCGAAAUCCGUCUGCAAGGCCACUACGGAGGAGAUGAUUGGACCGAAGAAAAAGCAUUUGGAUUAUCUUGUACACUGCACAAAUGAGCCAAACGUAUCGAUCCCGCAUUUGGCAAAUUUGCUCGUCGAGAGAUCACAAAACGCCAAUUGGGUUGUUGUAUACAAGGCUCUCAUAACAACACAUCAUAUGCUGGCAUAUGGAAAUGAGAGAUUUAUUCAGUACUUAGCAUCCAGCAAUUCUUCCUUUCAAUUGAACAAUUUUCUGGAUAAAGGCGGUGUACAAGGUGCCGUCGGAGCAAGAAUGGGAUACGACAUGUCCCCGUUCAUUCGGCGGUAUGCGAAAUACUUGAACGAAAAGGCACUUUCUUAUCGUACUGUUGCAUUUGAUUUCUGUAAACUGAAAAGAGGGAAAGAAGAGGGCUCCCUUCGAGUUAUGAACGCUGAUAAAUUGUUAAAAACAUUACCAGUGCUGCAGGCGCAGCUGGAUUCACUGCUUGAGUUUGAUUGUACAGCGAACGAUUUAACAAAUGGUGUUAUCAAUAUGUGUUUCAUGUUACUUUUUAGAGAUUUAAUUCGAUUAUUUGCAUGCUACAAUGAUGGUAUUAUUAAUUUACUGGAGAAAUAUUUCGAUAUGAACAAAAAACAAUGUCGAGAUGCGCUAGAUCUGUACAAAAAGUUUUUGACGCGUAUGGAUCGGGUUGGAGAGUUUCUCAAAGUGGCCGAAAAUGUUGGCAUUGACAAAGGCGAUCUCCCAGAUCUUACCAAAGCACCAAGUUCCUUGUUGGAAGCUUUAGAGCAACAUCUAGCAACAAUGGAAGGCAAGAAAGGCUCCGCCGCCAACACACCAACACAGACAGCAAACAAUCAAAAGAACGUAAAGAGUGGAGUGACCGCCCUAUCUUCUACUAGUUCUUCUUUUGGAACCGCUGCCGCGUCAACCAAGUUCGAUAACCCCACCAAUGGUAGCAUCGAUGAGAGUCUCAAAGCUCAAGUUUUGGCGGAAGAGGAAGCUGCUAUGAAUCAAUAUAAAUCCAAAGUAUCUUCACCGACAGCCAGCGGUGGCACCACGGCCAUGACCAAUCCGUUCCUGUCGUCUCCUCCAGCAACGCAAGGCAAUAUUGUUGAUCUUUUCGGUGGAAGCGAUGCACAACCGGCUAAUGCAUCGAAGGCCUCUGACGAUUUACUUCAACUAGGCAAUCCAUUUGCAGACAUGUUUGGAGGCCCGCAACCAGCUGCAGUGGCACCAGCAGCAACGACGACAGCUAAUAAUAUGUGGAUGAGCAAUGGGUUCAAUGGAACGGCAGGUGGUCCUGCAGUGGCGACAACUGCUCCGGUAAGCACCGGUAACACUUUCGUAUCUGACAGCAACUUCUCAUCAGUGUUUGGUAAUACUGAACCAGUUGCAAUGGACAGUUCAGUACCAAAUCCCUUCUUGAUCGACGAGCUCGAUGCCAAUUCUCAACCGCAAAUGCAUCCCACUCACGUACAACCUCAGCAACAAAUAAUCGCAGGAUUCGACGCCUUGGGUGACGUACUAAAACCUGGAAAUAUGGGUUACACUGGUCAUGCCCACUCUGCAGCUGGCGUAAAUGUUGCUUCACAACCAACCGCAAUUCCAGGUAGCGCUGUGCCACCAUCAGCAGCUCAACAGCCCGGAAAAGUACUCACAGGCGAUCUCGACAGUUCACUAGCAUCUCUAGCGGAAAGUUUAUCGAUAAACAAAGGAUCAUCACCUCAAAUCAAAAACGUUCAGUGGAAUUCACCAAAAAAUACAGCGAAACCAGGCUCCGCUGGAUGGUCACCUCAACCACAACCAGCCACUAAUCAGACGGGCUACAAACCUAUGGCGCAAGGUAUGACCGUUACUCCUGCCCCUAGCACUAUUCAUCCAAUUGUACACACUUCCUACCCCGUAGUGGCACCGUAUAUGCUACAGCAAGGUAUACCCCAAAUGAGACCAAUGAUGGGAGCACCAAUGGCCGGAGCGCCACAAAUGGCCGGCAUGAUGCCGAUGGCUGCGGGAAUGGUACCGAUGCAGCAACCCACGCAGCAAGGUGUUAUCCUGGGACAGUCUGGGCUGAUACAAGGUCAACAGCCACAGCAGCCACCGCCAUCGAUGACAAACACCAAUGUACAGCUGGAUCCGUUUGGAGCGCUGUAAAAAUAUCCGAAAUGCGAUCGUACGUACGUAGGAACACUUUCAUUGCAAUAAUACUAUGUAAUUAUUUAAACAGGAGAAACCAUAACAAUCCCCACACAAUGACUCUGAGGAAAACAAUAAGUUUAUAUCUAUGAUAUUUAUUGCUUACUGAAAUGUCGCAUAUAUCUAUUGCAUGAGGUGUGAGUUCACAGAACUCAAUAAAACAAGCUUGUAAAAAAUAGAAUGGACAAACCAUAUUUAAAAAUGUUAAAACUGACAAAUUCAAAGAUCUAUAUUACUUGUUGUCGGUGAAUAUUGUGCUUGCGCGUAUUCAUGUAACCGUAAAAUACACAAAAAAGGAAAACUAUCGCAGACAUUUGAAUUUACUAGAUACUACAAUCUCGAUUGGCAAGGCAGGAAAAGUUUUUAGUUUACUAGCUCCAGCAGUAUCUGUUUUUUUUUUUCAGUCUGAGUUACGCCUACACGCUUAGGUGUGUGAUUGAAGGCAAUUUUUGGAUUCUUCCCUGUACAGUACAGCUUUGUGAAACAAAAAUUGUUCACAUGUCUUGACGUGAACUGUUGAUACAUUUUGCUGGUUCGUUGGUAUCAAUAUAUUAAAACGCUCUUCUACUUACUCGUUACCCGUGGAGGACAUGGCAUAAACAAUAUACAAAUAUAUAGUAUCUAACCGCCAGUACAAUAUGUUGAGACUAAGACACGCGAAACUAGAACAAGCUAAUAUGUGACACGAUAGAGUAUUGAACAUAAAGCCAUGGAUGAAUAAAUUUAGGGACAAAGAAAAGUCAAAUAAUAUAAUAAGUUAUUAUCUAUGAUGCAUAAAUGCUUGGAAAAUAGAACAUUGCCUACUGUAAAUAUAAUAAAGAAAUGUUAAAAUUGAGCAGUUGAAUGAUAAGUAUAGAGAAAUUAUGAUGAGUGUACAAUAAUCAUUCCAAUAAAAAGGAUGCGAGUCGAAAAAGAAAUAUUUCGACGCUUGUGUUGUCUAUCAAUAAUGAGUGCAUUAUAAGAAUGGCGACUCCACGGUAGUUUAUUUUUUUUAUGUGUUGCAGAACUGAACUGCGUCUAAAAGAGAGCACGCUGGCGUAAAUUUAUUGAAUCAUAUGUUUUUUUUUUUAUUAUGGUUAAAAUUCUUCAAAAGCAAAAGUAUUGGUCUAUCGUUACUUGAAUCCGCAAAUCCUAUCAAAAAUUAAUUCAGGAAUCAAAAUCUGUUAUAAUAUUAAUUAUUUACUCGUGAAAUGUCCUACAUAUAUUGAUUUAGAAAACUUUAUGAAAUUUAAACAUUGUGAUGUUCCAUAGCUUCGCAUAGACUAAAUCCUAUAUAAAUUAUACUGUUCUGCAAGUAGCUUCAAUGAACCAAGACAUGUUUGAAUCUAUACAAGUUCUAUAUUGUAUUGUAGAAAUGUGGAAAAUAGAAAUAUGGAAUAGCAAA